UGUUGUCGCUGUCUGCUCCUCCUCCUCCUCCUCCUCCUCCUCUCAUGCUGGCACCGGACCGGCGGUCUCGGACGGCCUUUCCAGCAGCGCACUCGCCACGCCAGCGUGAGCUGCAUCUGCUACCGCACCAGCCCGUUAUUCCUCGCUCGAGCUGACCACCAGUCCGGUCCCAGCACCCCGAGCGGGGGUGUCACCCGGUAACGCACGCGCGUAGCGCUAGCUGGGUUAGCUAACCGGCUAGGCGGAGAACAGCCUCCAACUUCCUCCAUACGGUUGGCCUCUCUCACGUGCGCGGCACGGCACGGCACGGGCACCGUCCGCACGCGUUGUAGCGCUCGUUUACUGCCAGGUCCUCUCUGUGGUUUACUUACAGUGGACUGUAGGUCAGAACCUCCGAACACUCAGUCAUGAGCUCAGGGCACAGAAGCUCGCUCCGGUCCCGCCCCGGCAACCCGGAGCUUGACCCUCAGCUGGAUACCGGCACCACGGUAGCAGGUGUGGAAGGAGAAGUUUCCGGAAUCCUGGGGAGGCUGGCAGCGUGGCCGGGCACACGGUUGUCACAGCAGCAGUUGGCGGUUCUGAAGGAGCACCGGUACAGCAGCACGGGGAAGUCUUUGCUUGAGCCCUGCAUGCAGCCGUUCUGGUGCUGGCUGGUGGGCCGCGUUCCCCUGUGGAUGGCGCCGAACCUCAUCACCGUCACGGGCCUGCUCGUCAACGCUGUCACCACGCUUGCCCUCGUCUACCACUGUCCCACCGCCACUGAGCAGGCACCUACCUGGGUGUACCUGGCAUGUGCCUUGGGUCUUUUCAUCUACCAGUCACUAGAUGCCAUUGACGGUAAACAGGCACGGAGGACCAACAGUAGCACCCCACUUGGAGAGCUUUUUGACCAUGGCUGUGACUCCCUCUCCACUGUGUUUGUCAUCCUCGGUACGUGUGUCGGCGCCCAGCUGGGCACACACCCUGACUGGAUGUUCUUCUGCUGUUUCGCGGGCAUCUUCAUGUUCUACUGUGCCCACUGGCAGACCUUCGUUUCGGGCACGCUGCGAUUCGGCAUCAUCGAUGUGACUGAGGUUCAGCUCUUCAUUGAAGUCCUGUACUUGCUGGCUGCCGUUGGGGGAACGUCUUUCUGGCAAUAUGUGAUUCCAGUGCUAAACAUCCAGAUUAAGAUCAUCCCUGCGCUCUUCACUCUGCUGGGAGCUGUUUUCUCCUGUACCAAUUACUUCCGGGUCAUAUUCGCGGGUGGAAUAGGGAAAAACGGAUCUACGGUUGCGGGUACGAGCGUCCUCUCCCCGGGUUUCCACAUUGCCACGGUAACGGCCCUGGCUCUGGCCGUCUACAGGACGUCCCCGGAGCAGCUCUUCGAGACGCAACCCUGCCUGUUUGUUUUGGCGUUCGGCUUCGUCUCUGCCAAGCUCACCAACAGACUGGUGGUCGCCCAUAUGACCAGAAGCGAGCUCCCAAGAGCAGACACUGCGUUCUCUGGUCCCCUUCUUCUCCUCUUCAGCCAGUUCUUUCAUGGGUUCCUACCUCAGCACCUCCUCCUCUGGGCAGGCCUGGGGUUGUCUGGGCUUGACCUGGUGUGCUACUGUGUCAGUGUGUGUAACCAGAUUGCCACACACCUCAACAUCAGAGUGUUCAGUAUCGAGAUGAAGAAACUGUCAAUACCACAGCAAGACUGCAACAACCGCCACUAACACACACACACACACACACACACACACUCCCUCCCGCUCUGUCUCUCUGCCCUGGGUCAGUUUCUCAUGAAUGUAGGGUUGAGACCGUUAAAGACCAAACACAGUCUCUGUUGUGCCGCUCCUUCCAGAGGGGUUGCAGCCAUCCGUGUGUGUGUGUAACGUGCACCAUAACUGAAGUGAUCUUAUGGACUGAGUUUGACACACUUUGGUUGAUUGUGACAUUGAGUCUGUGUUGAUGUUUCAUACCCCAAAAAAACAUUUGUGUGCAUUUGCUUUUAAUGGUAAUACACCCUGUGAAAGUUGCAGGUACAGGUCUGUUGGGGUGCAUUUUCUCCUGGGCCAGUGCACACACUGCUCACUAACCCUGACUGUCCCUGUCUUCUUUACUGACUAGACUCUGAAUGAGGCCACGUCUGCUUAGAGAUCCAGCAGUGUGACUCAGUCUUGUUCCUGGAGACGUUGCAUGUCGUCCUCAUAAAGAUCGACUGAGUGUAAAUCCAGCACUGCUCCUGGACCCAUACUGGCCUGCAACGUGUGUGUUUAGGGUCGUGCUCAAACACCCUGGCGAUCUGCACCCAGUAUACAAACAGCGUGGGCUGGGCGGGGCUUGGGGUUGAGGCA